AUGAAGUCCUUCUCGACCACCGUUGCCACUUUGGCUUUGGCAGGCAGCGCCGCCGCUUUCUGGCGCAUGCCUUGUCGCUCGCAGACUGGAGUCGCGCGUAUUGAUCCUCUCGUUGCCCCGGGCUCAAUCGCGGAUCACUCCCACAUCGUCUUUGGAGGUGGCAACUUUGGCCAGACCACCAACUACGAGGACCUUGCGCAAUGCGCCGAGCCCGACUACAACUGCACCUCUUGCGGAGUGACGGAAGACAUGUCCGCUUACUGGACCCCGCCGCUCUACUUUCAGCAUGAGGAUGGCACUGUGGAGAUGGUUCCUAACGUCGGUGGAAUGCUUGCAUACUACUUGUUCUACCUUGAUAACCUCAAGCCAUUCCCCGAAGGUUUCCAGAUGAUUGCCGGUGAUCCCACCGUGCGCAACUUCACCGGUCCAUUCCCCGACGAGCAGCUCAGCUUCUGGCCGACCGACCCCACCGACCAGUUCUUCCUGCAGCAGCGUGCCAUCGGCGUAAACUGCCUCAACUACGGCAAGACCCCAGAGCCGUCUCUCUACCGCCACGAGUUCCCCGACAAGGCCUACAUGGAUGCCAACUGUGUCGAUGGAAUUCGCCUCGAAAUGGCCUUCCCCAGCUGCGGUACUGGCGAGAAAGACUCUCCCGACCACAAGUCCCACGUCGCCUACCCAAGCUUGGUCAAGGAAGGAAACUGCCCAGAGGGUUACGAUGUGCACUACCCCUUCCUCUUUUACGAGACCAUCUUCGCCACCAACCAGUUCGCUGGCAAGCCGGGCAAGUUUGUUCUCUCCACUGGUGACCCAGUCGGCACCAGCUACCACGCCGAUUUCAUCAUGGGCUGGCAAUCUGCCGACUUCCUGGGUCAGGCCAUCGACACCUGCACGAGCCCCAGCGGCCAGGUAGAAGACUGCCCCAUCUUUACUCUUCAGUCUGACGAUGAAGCCGCCAAGUGCAAGUUCGCCAUGCCCGAGGAUCUCGAUGGCGAAGACUGUGCUGGUCCUCGUGCUGAUCUCCCGAUGGGUGUCCCAAUCCAGCACGGCCCAGAGCCCGCCACGAAGUACCCCGUGAGCGGCGCUGGCGCAGCACCCACAUACGCCGCCAAACCCACCAAAUCUGCCAAAGCCUCGAGCGCGGCUCCAACUUACACUUCAGCCAAGUCGAGCUCAUCAGCUCAAAGCGCUGUUGUCCCAUCCGCGUACUCAUCCGCGUCGAGCAAGGCUUCUGCCGCGCCUACCACCACCGCAGCGCCUACAGUCUCAUCGUCAACCAUUGAUGGCGAUGUCACCACCAAGUACAUCACCAAGGGCUACGAAGUCGUGGAGAUGGUCAUCGUGGAGACCGACGUCACCGUGACCGCAACUGCUUCGGCUUCUGCGGCUCCAGCGUACUCCACACCAAGCUCCUCACCAGCUUCCGCGGCUCCAGCCUAUUCCGCACCAAGUUCUCCAGAAGCACCAAGCUACAAGCACAAGCGCCACAUGGAGAAGCACCAGCGUCGCAACAUCCAAUAG